AUGGCUACUAAAGCUCAAUUGGAGCUUUUUACUAAGCUAGCUUCUAAUGAAAAAAACACUAGACUGAUGGCAGCUGAAAGGCUGCUGGAUUCUAUAUCAAAUGAAGCUGAAUUGGAGUAUGCUUUAAAUCGUUUAACAAAAGGUAUCUCAAGUGGACGAGAAAGCGCCCGUUUAGGAUUCUCUGUUGCUCUCACAGAGUUAUUGCUUCGUGAGGAAAAAAUUACAGCUGCUCAAAUACUUGAUUUAAUUGAGAAGCACAACACUCCAAGAGGCAAUCUAAAAGGACAAGAAGAGCGGGAAUACUUUUUUGGCAUGCUCUUCGGCCUCCAAUCUGUUGUCCUCGCCAAAGUACUAGAACGCAAAAGUUGCACUUAUGAGGAUUGCAAGCGAGUUAUAGACCUUCUGGUUCAGCUUUCACAAAAACGAAACUGGCUGAGGGAAACUUGCUUUUAUGUUCUUUGUGCUAUUGUUGAACAAGUCCCAAAUUUUGACUUUGGUACAAAAGUGGUUGAGGCAAUGAAUGAGUUGCUCCAGAAUGUAAAUAUAUCAAAGACCCCUGAUGGAGUUGCACUUUAUCUUGCAUUACAGAAAUUACCCUCGAAUUUUACAACUAUCCCAAUUCCUAAUGCAGGUUGGACUCCUGAACAUCCUUUACAUAAAUCCAACUUGGCGACACUUUCUAAAGUGAUGCGUCAGUCUGACACCGAAGAACAUGCACAGACUGGCGUAUGGUCAAAAAAGCUUCAUCUUGCCUGGACGUAUAUUCUCGCUGUUUUUGACGACACUUCUGCUGCGCCAAAAGACAUUGCAUCUUUUGAUGAUUUGUGGAAGGUGGUUAUUGAUGAAGGAAUGUUUUCCCUUACUUCCUCCCUCGAACGGAAGUUUUGGGGAUUUCGUAUUACGGAGCUGGCUAUGAACACAGCAAACACUGACAAAAUCAAUAUACUGUUCUCCAAGAACUUUAUGCGCUGUUUCAUUAAUCACCUGAGUGCUGAAGAUCGUUACCUUCAUAGAGCAGCCAAACGUUUAGCUACAAAGAUUGAAAAAGUUGUGCAGAAGCACCCUAAUCUUGCUUUUCCCAUUGUAUCUCACUUAAUGGGUGUGAAUGGCUCACCGAAUUUUGACCGUUUGACAAACAACAAGCUUGUUGAACACAUCCUCCCCUUAGCCGACGAAGAUGGUAUGAACUCCAUCUUAGACUUGCUUAUUGGUUUCAUUAAGGAAAUUCCCAAGGAUGAAGAAAUGGAUGAGAAGGCAUUUGAAAUUCGUUGCCAGCGUGCCGCUGACACUGUUUUGGGUAUUUUGAGAAACAACAAGUCAAUGAAGCACCCAACAUGGAUUAAAAAGGUUUUGCACAUCUUUGCGGUUUACGGUUACUUUGUCACGGACGGUUUGAAGGUCUCUAACGAGUCCAUACACAAUAUGUUUAUCGGUCGACUUAUGUCUGCUUUGGGCUAUCUUAGUUCUUUACGUACUGCAAAGGAUCAGCCUGACGAGAUUACAGCAGUCAAUUGGCCCAGCGUUGUUUUAACUGACCUACUUUCGACAGAAAAAACGAAGAAGUAUGAUUUAUUCUUCAAACUUGAUGAAAGCCUAAUUGAGGUAAAGAACAAUGCACUCGGUAUUCUACACAAAAUAGACAAAAAACUGAAGAAAAGCAAAACAGAUCAACAACAGCUGCAAGCAUUCAGCUUUUUGUAUUCUUUAGUCCUCCUCCAAGUGUACGCUGGCGACGCUGACUCUGUUUCCGUGUUGGAGGAUCUUGAUGUCUGUUACCAACGAGUGUUUUCCAAGUCAAGUAAACGUCAUUCACAUGCAGAUGAACCUACUGUACCUGAAAUUCUUACGGAAGUUAUGCUCUCAUUCCUUUCGCGUUCUUCUGCUUUACUCAGGAAGUUGGUUGAUCUUCUCUUUUCAUCGUUCGCUCAAGAUAUGAACGAAAAAUCUAUUCAACUGAUUUGCGAUGUCCUCCUUUCCCGUGAAAGUGCAAAAAAUACUGAUGGUGUCUUUGAGAAUGUCGAUGAAGACCAGGACGAAGAUGACUUCGAAGACGAGGACCAAUUUUCAAACGAAUCACAAGAUGAACAAGAAAGUGAUUGGGAAAUGGUUUCUGCUGAUGAUGCAUCUGCAGAUGAGGAGCUUGAAGCAAAGUUGGACGCAUUGAUGCAGGAAGCCAAUGCUAAAGCAAAUGAGGAUGAAAGUUCUGAGGAGGAACUCAUGAACGACGAGGAAAUGCUCGCACUUGAUGAAAAGAUUGCUGAUGUUUUCAGAGAACGCAAGAAGGCUUCCAACAAAAAUCAGCGCAAGCAAGCAUUGGAGACUGUUCAGCAAAUGGUCGUGUUUAAGACAAAGGUACUCGAUUUGGUUGACUUGUAUAUGAAGACUCAAACGACGAAUCCCUUGUGUCUCCAGUUCUUGCUUCCUCUUACACAGAUGAUGCAAAAAACAAAGUUCAAGGUUCUGGAAGAAAAAGGACAGUCUAUCUUGCGCAACCGUUUGACACGUCUUCACUUCGAAAACUGUAAACUGGACUCCAAUGUACUCAUUACGUUACUUGAACAAAUUCACAAUGUUUGUUCUAAGAAGGCUUCUCUUGCUGCCAGUGCUUCAUCUAUAUCACAAUUACUCAUGAAGCUAUUCGCAGACGAUGCUACUGCACUUGAACGAGGCAUUGAAGUGUAUGCAGACACGUUUAAGAAAUGGAUUCAAAACCCCCAAAAGAAUCAAUUGAACGCGUCUAUUUUCCACGAAUUUGUCAAUUGGGGUGUGCAACAGAGAACUAAGGCAAAACAAAAUUCUACGAAGUCGACUGUUUCUCAGGAAGCCCCUUCCAAAACUGAAGAGCAAGGUCAUUGA